CCUCCUUUUCUCUUUCACAGCAAAAGGCCACAGAAAAGAAAAAAAAAACGAAAGAUGGAGAAAAAAGACCAACCAAAACCACCUUUUGUUCAUCAUUUGAAUAUCAAUCUUUAUAAAGCUUAAGUUUUUUUUUUUUUUUAACCUUUCAAGGGAGCUUAUGCUAACCCUUUGAAGAUGGGUUUGAGAAAUCACAUGGCAGAAGAAAACAUCUUCUGCCUUCAAUCCCCAAAUUUCAUAGAAUGGCUUAAACCACAUAGCCCUUCCUCUUCUUCCUCUCCCUCCAUUUCCCUCUCUUCCUCUUCCUCUUCCUCUUCGUCGCUGAGAAACGAUCGGAAUUUUAUCUCUCGGACCAUCCAAUGUGUCGCGGGGUCAAAUCCUGACCAAGAAUGUUUCGCUUCUCGAUGCCUGCCUCUGUUCUUGGAGACGAAGGCUUCGAUGAAGAAGGAAGAAGAAGGGCAAUAUCUCGAAGUUAAGGAAGAGGAUGGAGAUAGGGAGAAAGUUGAAGUGGGUCUGCACAUUGGACUGCCGAACAUGGGCGAUGUCUUGGUGGCGGAGCGGAACAUGAAUGUUUGUGUCAAGAAAGAAGAGAGCGUCAAGAAAAGCUUCCCCAGUUUUAACACACAAGGAAGGUUUUGGAUCCCAACACCGGCGCAGAUCCUCGUCGGGCCGAUGCAGUUUGCUUGCUCUAUCUGCAACAAGUCCUUUAAUAGAUACAAUAACAUGCAGAUGCACAUGUGGGGGCACGGAUCCGAGUACAGAAAAGGGCCAGAAUCCCUCCGAGGGACGCAGCCAGCAGCAAUGCUGAGGCUGCCAUGCUUCUGCUGCGCCCAAGGCUGCAAGAACAACAUAAACCAUCCAAGAGCCAAGCCACUGAAGGACUUCAGAACCCUCCAAACCCACUACAAGAGAAAGCAUGGCUCCAAGCCCUUCAUGUGCAGAAAAUGUGGCAAAACUUUGGCUGUCAAAGGAGACUGGAGAACCCAUGAGAAGAACUGUGGGAAGCUUUGGUUCUGCACCUGUGGCUCAGAUUUCAAGCACAAGAGAUCCCUCAAAGACCACAUCAGAUCCUUUGGCAAAGGUCAUUCCCCUCUCUGCCCUGUCCUUGAAGAUCAUGAUAAAGAAUAUUGCCUCACUGCCUCUGAACAAGAAGAUGAGUAGUAGCUAGUAGUACUACUUCUUCACUCAUAGAGGGCUCAUCUUGAAAUUAUUAUCUUUUUUACGUGUUAUAAUCGCUUGUGCUCGGUAACAAAACAUUCUCUAAUAGCUCAGCAUAGGGACGAGAAAUUAUUCGAGGGGCUGAAACAAUGGGACAGGACAAAUGACGAUGACAUUGUGGCGGUCAGAUUGAAUAGUUUCUCCGAUAGAGCUCAAAAGGGAGCGAUUUGCUAGGGAGCACAUAGUGAUGAAAGUAAUUUAGGGUUUUUUUUUCCUAAUAAGUUGGGAUUGGCGAAAGUGAUGAAGUAGGUGAAUUUUCUUCUUAUCUUUCAUGGAGGAAAUUUGUCAGCUUCAUUGCCUUAUUAUAAAGUUUCAAUCUUUACUAUUGAAGGUUGAAAAACUAGACUUUUUUUUUUUUUUUUUGGAUUUUUAAUCAAAUGGCAUGGUAAUUAUUUUAGCUUUUUUCUGGAUCCAUGGUGGGUAGAGCUUUGAUAUGUCUGCAAAUUUGUGGGAACCAUGCAAAUCUUUUCAAUAUAAUUGCAUUGAGUUCGGA